UUUUUAGAGCUAUAUUUACGGCGCAAAACGAAUUUGUAGUUGGCACCCGUGGGAGCCGCCGCUGGUCAUGUGGUACAUCUGUACGCCGUUGCGCGGCACCGCUGCCGCCUCAAAGUCACGCCGCUGCCGCACGCUGAGCAUGGCGCGCCGCCGUUUCAACGCGUUUCUCCACGCCGCCGCCGCGCAAGUUCGUCCGCUCCGGUCUACCAUGUCUGCUUGCGCUUUUUCAGGAGCUUCCUUUGGGCUCUGAAAGUUGCCUAUUAAUCUUCGUCUUUUUUUUUUUAUUUUUGCACUUGAAACAAAGAUGAAUAUGUAACAUUUAGAGACAAUAGGAAGCUUCCAAAAGAGCGCAAGUACAUGACAAAUAGCGGCCAGUCACGUGACAAAUAGCGACCACUUAAUAUAGCUCUGAAAAUUUUUAUUUUUUGUUGUAAAUUCGUUUUAUGACUCAAUUUUCCCAGACAGGCUGUUUAAAAAAAAUUGUAUUUUUCCUUUGCAUGUGUCCUUUAAGGCCCAUUCACACAACUGCAUUUGACUACAACCGACUGAGACAAGGCCGGUUUUUAGGCCUCCUGCGACUGCUUACGACCAGAUUCAAAGCACCGCAGUCAAAGCCUUCACACGAGGCUUAAAAGCAGGUUUUUAGCUUCUCCGGUCGUAAGCAGUCCCAAGUGUGCCAACCAGCUGUUACUUCACUACAAAACUCCACAGGGGCCGAGAGAAAAAAUGCAAAAGUUACAACUGCCUUUUUUUUUAAUAAGAUUGAAUUUCGGUUCCACAUGAACUUUUGCCACAUUUGUAUCUCCCUUAUAGAUAGUAAGUAAUAUUAAGAAACAAUGAUGGACAUUUUUACAAACAUAUUAGACCUCACCUCAAAGGAGCACACCUCAAGCUAGUUCAAGGGAGUUUGGAACAAGAGCUGACUCAUGAUGUAGAGUGCAUUCAGGUGCACAACACAGAGCGCUGCUGCAAUUUGUGAGGCUUAUUACGCAUAAGCGCUUCAGUGUGGCGAGUUUCACUACUAAUCUGAACAAAGGGCUUGGGACCAAUUUUGCACUCAGGUAUAUACAUACUUUGAUUGAAAAGGCAUAAAGUUUUGCACGAAUUAAAUGAUAACACACGGGGCAGGCUCAGCUUACGGUCAACCGCAAGGCAUUCCACAUGUGUGCAUUUGUUCUGGUGGAUAAACUCCUACACUGAGCAAAGCUCUUGGAGCAUUGUUUACACUUCUAAGGUUUUUAAAUACAGUUUUCGAUAAUGGCAGAUCAGACUGGUAUUAUGAGAUAAGGCUUGGGAGCACUACUUACACUGAACUGGCUUUUCGCCUGUGUGUUUUAGAUUAUGCUUUCUCAGAUAGGUAUUUCGAGCAAAGGCUUCGGGGCACUGCUCGCACUUAAAUGGCUUUUCACCAGUGUGCGUUCGAUUAUGGAGUCGCAGACAAUAAUUUUGAGCAAAGGUUUGGGAGCACUGCUUGCACUUAUAUGGCCUUUCACCAGUGUGCACUCGAUUAUGCUUUCUCAAAUCGGAAUUUCGAGCAAAGGCUUGGGGGCACUGCUUGCACUUAAAUGGCUUUUCACCAGUGUGCUUUCGAAUAUGCUGUCUAAGAUUGGAACUGUGACCAAAGGCUUGGGGACACUGCUUACACUUAAAUGGCUUUUCACCAGUGUGCAUUCGAUUAUGGCGUAGCAGAUAGUAAUUUUGAGCAAAGGCUUGGGGGCACUGCUUGCACUUAAAUGGCUUUUCACCAGUGUGCAUUCGAUUAUGCUUUCUCAGAUCGGAAUUUUGAAAAAAGGCUUGGGGGCACUGCUUGCACUUAAAUGGCUUUUCACCAGUGUGCUUUCGACUAUGCUGUCUAAGAUUGGAACCGUGAGCAAAGGCUUCGGGGCACAGCUUGCACUUAAAUGGCUUUUCCCCAGUGUGCAUUCGGGUAUGAUUUCUCAAAUGGGAAUCUUGAGCAAAGGCUUUGGGGCAAUGCUUGCACUUAAAUGGCAUUUCACCAGUGUGCUUAAGAUUAUGGCAUUGCAGAUGGUAAUUUCGAGAAAAGGAUUGGGGGCAAUGCUUGCACUUAAAUCGCUUUUCGCCAGUGUGCAUUCGAUUAUGGCAUCGCAGAGCAGACUUUUUAACAAAGGCCUUGGGGCAUUGCAAGCACUUGAAUGGCUUUUCCCCAGUGUGCAAACGAUUAUGGUAGGUCAGAAGGGAAUUAUAAGCAAACUCUUCAGGGCAGAGGUUGCACUUAAAUGGCUUUUCACUCUUGUGCUUUUGAGUGUUGUCGAGCACUUGGGACUUAGAGCCAGACAUUGGAUGCUGGCACCUGGAUUGUUCAUCACCAUGGGCAGCCAGGUGGCUCACAAUUACACACUGAUCUCUGGUGACAUAGGUGCAGGAACAGCAUUUGAACCAGAUGUCCUUGGUGACUUUCAGUGGGUAGCUGGUCUUCCCCAACAAUGUGGCUCCAUCACCUAA